AGUAAAAGUGGCCAUUGAUUCAAAUGUAAUAUAUUUUGAAUUGUAAUGUUUUGAAAUGCGGGCUUUUAUUUUAAAGGUUUCGUCGUUACCAUACGAACAUAACGUCAUCAUUUGUGCCGCUGGCAGAAUACUGGUAUAAUACUGUCAUGGCGGGGAAGAGCUGUAGCAGCGGGUAAAUCAGGAAGAGAAAGCGCUGUAAGUGGGUUAACACUGAAAUUUGAACAAGUCUAGCAGUUUUUAGGGAAGGACCGAGUGGAUGACUGCUGUCCCUUGUCGAGCACCACUGGCGCUGUUCUUGAGCCACGUUUAGGAGUUCUUGCUCAUGACAGCACUACCUGUCAAGCCUGCUGUGACAAUAGCAAGUUCUACUGCUGUAGCCUGGCUGGACUAGUGAAGAAAUGAAAGUCGSAGGUGCCUCUUMUAUUUUGACAGAGGGGAGGAAGGGCAAGGUCUCURCGACUUGCCUUUAGAACCAAAUCUUAUUAAGCCGGUCCAUUUUAGUGAACGGUUUUUGAUGCAUUAUUUCAUUCGCCUCCUUAUCAAGUUUCCGACCGGGGGAGAGGAGUUCUACAUGGAAACGCAGUGACAACUCCAAUGUCGCGGUGUCAUCGGCUAGAAAUCCAACUCUCGUGCGCCUGUGCCUUUCGCGGAAUACAAAACAUACUUUGUUGACUCGAAGGCUUAUUUUGGGAACUGUUUUGAAUGGGGAGGGAAAUAUUUUCGUUGUUUACCUCCAGACUGUCGACAUAGCUGGAAAGAGGAUAUCAUUGUUUUUUUCUUUCACCGACUUUACUGUAUCCAAUUACCGCCUUUGGGGGUGAACAGGUGCCUUACCUGUUAACGCCACCUGUCCUCCUGUAGCAAUGGCUAGCGAGGAGACGCCUGGUGCUGGGCGACCAACCGGGCAAGGUGAUGGAGCUGCGGCGGUGUCGCUCAACCCUGGGAUCCCAAUCCGAGGAAUCAAAAUGAAGUUCGCUGUCCUAGCCGGCCUGGUGGAUGUUGGGGAAGUUUCCAACCGGGACAUUGUGGAGACCGUCUUCAACCUGUUGGUGGGGGGCCAGUUUGACCUGGAGAUGAACUUCAUUAUCCAGGAGCAGGACAGCAUUGUGUGCAUGGUGGAGCUGCUGGACAAGUGUAAGCCCACGUGCCAGGCGGAGGUGUGGAGCAUCUUCACGGCUAUCCUGAAGAAGAGCGUGAGGAACCUGCAGGCCUGCACCGACACGGSCCUCAUCAACCUGGUCCUGGACCGCGUGGCCCACACUGACAGCAUGAUCGCAGACCUGAUGGUGGACAUGCUAGGAGUGCUGGCCAGCUACAGCAUCACAGUCAAGGAGCUGAAGUUGUUCUUCAGCAAACUGCAAGGAGAGAAAGGCCAAUGGCCUCCCCAUGCGGUGAAGCUGCUGUCUGUCCUGAGGAACAUGGCCCACCGGAACGGACCUGACUCUUUCUUCAGCUUCCCAGGGAAGAGUGCUGCUGCUAUAGCUCUGCCCCCUAUAGCCAAAUGGCCGUACCAGAGUGGAUUCACCUUCCACACGUGGCUCCGCAUGGAUCCAAUCAACAACAUCAAUGUUGACAAGGACAAGCCUUACCUGUACUGUCUUCAGGAUGUGAAGGCUGUGGUGACCCACUCGGUCCAGAGUGCCAUCCACUCCAUCGGGGGAGUGCAGGUCCUCUUCCCCUGUUUGCAACAGCUGGAUCACCUCCAGCACCCAGCGAUGAACUGGAACCUCUGUCUGGGGAAGGUGUUGCAUAGAUGUUGCACUUUGCUGUCCUUUGUGAUGGAGCUGCUGAAGAACUCUGUGGCUACGGAGCAGGUCCUGGCCUGCAAGGCUUUCUGGUCAUGGUUCACCCUGGAGAAGUCUUCCAAGGUGCAUGUGACUCGGCCCGUGCUGGCCACAAUCGGCGGCCUUCCGCCCUUUACCGUCAGCAACCUGCAGAACGGCGUCCUGCUGCUCAAGCAGCUGUGUGACCACAUCCUGUUCAACCCUGCCAUCUGGAUCCAUGCCCCUGCCAAGGUGCAGUUGGUGUUGUACACUUACCUGUCAACCGAGUUCAUCAGCACGGUGACCAUCUACAACGCCAUCCGCAGGGUGGGCACGGUACUGCAGGUCAUGCACACGCUCAAGUACUACUACUGGGUCGUCAACCCCCAGGACCGCAGCGGAGUCACGCCCAAGGGCCUCGACGGUCUGAGACCAAAUCAGAAGGAGAUCCACUCUCUCAGAGCUUUUCUGCUGCUGUUUGUGAAACAACUCAUAAUGAAGGAUUACGGAGUGAAGGAAGACGAGCUUCAGAGUAUUCUCAACUACCUGCUCACCAUGCAUGAGGACGACAAUCUAAUGGAUGUGCUUCAGCUGCUGGUGGCUCUGAUGUCGGAGCAUCACGGCUCCAUGGUGCAGGCCUUUGAUCAGCGCAACGGAGUACGGGCCAUUUACAAGCUGCUGGCUUCCAACAGUGAAGGAAUCAGAGUUCAGGCACUCAAAGUCUUGGGCUACUUCCUCAAACACUUGCCCGCUAAGAGGAAGUCAGAGGUCAUGCUGGGUCAUGGGCUCUUCUCCCUGCUCAACGAGCGACUGAUGCUCCACUCCAACCAGUUCAGCAUGACAACCUACAACGUGCUCUUYGAGAUCCUGACCGAGCAGAUCUGCACUCAAGUGAUCCAUAAACAGCAUCCGGACCCCGACUCCAAUGUGAAGAUUGUCAACCCGCAGGUCCUGAAGGUGAUCGCUGCCCUGCUGAAGAACUCUCCCCUCUCCCCAGAGAGCAUGGAGGUGCGCAGGGUCUUCCUGUCAGACAUGAUCAAACUGUUCAAUAACAGCAAAGAUAACAGGAGGAGCCUGCUGCAGUGCUCGGUGUGGCAGGAUUGGAUGCUCUCUCUGUGCUUCAUCAACCCCAAGAGCAGCGAGGAGCAGAAGGUCACUGAGAUGGUGUACGCCAUSUUCCGCAUCCUGCUCUACCACGCCAUCAAGUACGAGUGGGGCGGCUGGCGCGUGUGGGUGGACACCYUGUCCAUCACCCACUCCAAGGUGACCUUUGAGCAGCACAAGGAUAACCUGGCCCGUAUGUUCCGUCAGUACCAGAGACUGGGCUCCGAGGGAAAUGCGGCUGGUAUUCGGACUAUUUCCGGGACCAGCCGAGACUUUGAGAUGCUGGGCCAGCUCCGGACCAACAGGGAUCAGGGGGAGGAGACCGCACCCUCCACCGUGAUCGAGCUCACCAUUGACCCAGAGGGGGUCCCCCAGAACCAGGAGUCUCCCAGCACUACCCCUCCCUCAGCAACCUCAACAGCUUCUGCCUCCACCCCCAGCCCUCCAGAGAGAGAAGGAGAUAGAAGUCAGAGGGGUCAAGCACCCAUAACGGUGUCCAACAUGCUGGCCAGAGCUGAAGAAGAGGAUAAUGAGGAACUACAGCAGGUCCAGAAUCAGAUCUCUGAGGAUCAGAGAGGAGGUGCUGGUGACAGAGCUGAAGCUACUACACGGGAGACUGAAGCUAAACUUACUGAGGAUAAAGUCAGCAGUAAGACCGUUGAGGCCAUGGCUGAGACUGAGACCGCCACAGACAAGACUGAUGGUGCUGCAGCAGCUAGCACAGCUGAAACAGGCGAAGYGACCAAGCCAGAAACUGAUGACGCGAAGGUGGCUAAAACAGAAACAAGCGACGAUGCUAAAACAUCUGAUACCGACAAAGUAGUAAGACCUCAAACGGAUGGAGAGAAGGGGUCAGAAAAGCACAGCUACAAAGCCGCCGACGUUCUUAUGUCUGAAGAUUCCCUGAACGAACCCAAGGAACCGGAACUGGCAAAGCAACUGGAGGAACAGGUCUCUGCUGUGAUCUCGGCCUGCCAGAAGGGCAGCGUGGCGGAGGGGUCAGCAGUCGGGGCAUCUGUCCAGUCAGUCAGUGACCAGGUCCGACCCAGCUCCACUGACGACAGCAUGGAGGAAUCCUCUUUUGUCUCCGCCGCUGGUGGAGAGGAGGUGAAGACAGAGGAGGUGAAGACAGAGGAGGUGAAGACAGAGGAGGUGAAGACAGAGAGUGAAGACAGAGGAGGGUUAAAACUGAAAAGAAGAAGGAAGAGGAGAGUGUUGCCGAGGUCACAAAGUCAGCAGUGGAAAGUCAAGAGACACCACCUGCUUCUGUACCUGAGGAGAGUCAGACACAACCCCCUAAAAUGGAGGAGAUUGACUGGACCCGUCUGCACCAGGCACCGACCCCACCAGCACAGAGCCAGCACAGCAGCCUUUAGAGUCCACAACAUCGCCCCCUACAGCCCUGAGGCCAUACUACCACCAACAGCAGUAGGGGCCACUGUCUCUAAAUCUGACACCUCACAGGCUGUAGCACCAGCAGAGGCCCCCAGCACCAAGGCGGGAAAGACAGUGCAGCAGAGAGGGCCCGGCUCUGCCACCAAGACCAAAGAGAUCACCAUUGCCAGGCUGGAUGUGUCCAGUGUGGCCUCAGACAACAGAGAGACUGGAGCUAAAGGAGACCUCCAUCCUGAAGUUCCUCAGGGCGACCGGCUGCAGCCGUGGCCAGGAGGCCAGGCCAGCGAGAGCAGCUCCUCCGCUCGCUCCACCAUGUUCCGUAUUCCAGAGUUCCGUUGGUCUCACAUGCACCAGCGCACUGACUCAUCAGACCUGCUCUUCUCCAUCGAGACUGACGUGCAGAUGUGGAGGAGUCACUCCACUAAGACGGUGAUGGACUUUGUGAACAGCAGUGAGAAUGUGGUCUUUGUCCACAACACAGUACACCUCAUCUCUCAGGUGGUGGACAACCUCAUCAUGGCCUGUGGAGGCAUCCUGCCCCUCCUUUCAGCUGCCACAUCCUCCUCACAUGAUCUGGAGAACAUUGAGCCGUCCCAGGGUCUGUCGGUGGAGGCGUCGGUCACCUUCCUGCAGCGCCUCAUCAACCUGGUGGAUGUUCUGAUCUUCGCCUCCUCCCUCAACUUCACCGAGAUCGAGGCUGAGAAGAACAUGUCCUCUGGCGGUAUCCUCAGACAGAGCCUUCGCCUGGUGUGUGCCAUGGCUGUGAGGAACUGUCUGGAAUGUCAGCAGCACUCUCACUUCAAGCCCAGCCAGGACAGCGCCCGCGGCCAGCAAGCCGUGCACAGCCUCAUGGGAGCCGCCAAGUCCAUGCCCGCGCAGAGCCCUGUUGCUGUUGUGACAGGAGGGAUGUCUCCCAUCAGAGACAUGGACUGUCUCCUUCAGGAAAUGGACAUCAACCGCCUCAGAGCUGUGGUCUUCAGAGAUAUCGAGGACAGUAAGCAGGCUCAGUUCUUGGCCCUGGCCGUGGUUUACUUCAUCUCUGUUCUCAUGGUGUCCAAGUACCGAGACAUCCUGGAGCCCCAAAACGACAAGAAACUCCCCCAGCGCAGCCAGUCUGCCAGGAGCGCAGACAGUAAUGCCGUCUCUGGCGGUCCCGACCUGGAGAGCAGUGUGUCCCUCCGUCGCCGAGACUCUGGCAUCGGGAUGACCAUAGCUCCGUGGCCCCCAGCGAGGCAGACUCCACCGCCCAGGGGCCCGACGCCGUGUCCGAGCCUGUCCACCUCUCCUCAGAGGUCAGGGGUCACAGAGAGAACCCCACGGCGGACGCCAGGGGCGGGAAGAACUCAGACCCCCAGCUGGCCCCAGCCCAGGGCAGCUCCCGGCCCCUCUAACCCAGAGAUGAAGGCCCGGCGGCUGGGUUCCCAGAAGCGUUCGGGUGGCGCCAAGAAGGUGGGCGGGGCUCCGUCCCCAGGCUCCUCCACUCCUGUCCCAUCAGCCACCGCUGCUGUGGCGGCCGCCGGGACACCAGUCAACAACGUUGCCGUGGUUUCCACGGGCGAUGCCUCCCAGAGCACCACCGCUGAGGCUGCAGCCGAAGCGUUCGGGUGCGCCCAAGAAGGUGGGCGGGGCUCCGUCCCAGGCUCCUCCACUCCUGUCCCAUCAGCCACCGCUGCUGUGGCGGCCGCCGGGACACCAGUCACAACGUUGCCGUGGUUUCCACGGGCGAUGCCUCCCAGAGCACCACCGCUGAGGCUGCAGCCGGGUUUCUUGGCGUUGUGUAUGAAGUCCAGCAGUUCGGUGGUAGAGCUGGUCAUGCUGCUCUGUUCUCAGGAGUGGCAGAACUCUAUCCAGAAGAACGCAGGCUUGGCCUUCAUCGAGCUGGUCAACGAGGGCAGGCUACUGAGCCACACCAUGAAGGACCACCUGGUGCGGGUGGCCAAUGAGGCUGAGUUCAUCCUGAGCCGACAGAGAGCCGAGGACAUCCACAAACACGCUGAGUUUGAGUCCCACUGUGCCCAGUACUCGGCUGAGAAGCGUGAUGAGGAGAAGAUGUGCGACCACCUGAUCCGAGCGGCCAAGUACCGCGACCACGUGACAGCCACCCAGCUCAUCCAGAAGAUAGUCAACAUCCUGACGGACAAACACGGUGCCUGGGGAAGCUCUGCCUUCAGCCGUCCUCGGGAGUUCUGGCGCCUCGACUACUGGGAGGACGACUUGAGGCGGCGCCGGCGCUUCGUCAGGAACCCCUUCGGAUCCACUCACUCGAAGGCCACGCUCAAAGCUGCAGCCGAACACGUGGUGCCUGGCAUUAAUGCUCCGGAGGAAGAUAUCCUCAAAGGCAAACAGUCCAUCAGAAGUCACGCGAUGGGAAAUCAGAACUCUGAGAGUGAGAUAUUGUUGGAUGGCGACGAUGACACUCUAUCAUCCUUGGAGGAGAAGGAAUUGGAGAACCUAACAGGCCCUGUAAACAUGAGCACUAGCGCACAGCUGGUCGCCCCGGCGGUGGUGGUGAAAGGAACGCUGUCCAUCACCGCGUCUGAACUCUACUUCGARGUGGAUGAAGAAGAGGCCAGCUUUAAGACGAUCGAUCCAAAGGUAAGGGAAGGGCUUUAACUUCCAUUGAUCCAAAGCAGGCCC